GCCGGGCGUCGCUCUGUCAACAGUCUGAGCAAUCAUCAAGGGCUUGAGUCUCGACUGCCCUCUCUUGCCUGACUAGUGCUUCGAUGAACAAAUUAGCGGUGCACAUCUCGAAGGACCCCUCCUCACUGUCCGCUACUUCUCUUCUCUUCCUUAGGUUCAUCCUCAACCCGCCCUUGCUCCUGCUGCCGGGCCUCGUCAAAAUUAUACCGCAACCCGGUAACUGCACUACAUCCACGCGCCCUCGUCCACCCUCAAUCUCUGAGCUUUCUGGCCCUGUCCACCAGCCACCAUGCUCGCCUCCCUGCUGGCAUUGGCCCUUCCUGGUGCUGACGGCCGUCAAGCCAGUGCACUUGGAACAGCGGGACAGCAGCACAAUGUUCGGCCACUUUGUGCAAGGCGGUACGAACUGCACGACAAAGUCUGGCUUCAUGGAUUUGCUUAGUAAUAGCGAACGGACUGCUGACCUCCUUGGUACUGGGAGAUUCUACCACAUUGCUGUUGGCGCCAGCAUGGCUGGUUCGGCGAUUGCAACGCGUCUCAGCGAGUACCCGCUACUCUGUGCCAGACGCAUUGAGGUUGGGACGAACUAUGCCAGCCUAAUGCGUCCUAUCAACUACGGGCUCGUUUCUACGCCCGGCUACGACACCGUCGGCUGUGGUUGCGCACAAGUAGACUUGUUCAACAACGGUGUCAACUGGGGGUUUCAACCGUGCCGCAGUCUACUGCGAACAACCGUGUUCCCGGUCUGCUUGCGGCAAAACGCUCAGCGGUUUAAAUGCGCGCAGUUUUAUGGUGUAUCAGCGCCCGACGUUCGGCGGCCUGGAUACCUGGGUGAAGCUGACGGGCGAGUCGCAACGGACUUUUAAAUGCCUUCGCAAAGAACGAGCUGUCUGCAUUCUUCGCGACAGGUGGACCUCUCCCGGUCUCGUACCUGAACACCCUUCGAGGCA